AAAUAAAUAAAUAAAUAAUACAAUUCUAGAAAAUUCUACAAGUUUUCUAAAACAUAUUUAUGCAUCUGUCUUCGGAUGAGACGUCAAACAAACGAGCUCCUAUUGGAAGUGACUCUGCAGCAGCAGCAGCAGCAGUUGUUGAUGAUGCAGAGUUCACCCCCCUAGUCUCUGUGAGUCGCUUUGGAUAAAAGCGUCUGAUAAAUGACUCAUUGAUAACAGCACCUGCUGGACCCUUUAUCAUAUUACAUUUGACAGUGAUAUUUUGUAUACUGGAUAAUAUAUUCAUGGUUCGAUGUUAUAGGAGUCCAAAAAUGCUACUUUUAGCACAACACUCCCAUCUAGUGGCCGAAUGGAGAAGUUCCCAAUGCUUCUGGUUGCAUGGCAACGCCCUGACGCUUGUGUUUACCACGCUCGGAGUUUCGCAAUGGCCGCUGUUAUCAACACGGUGGGUAAAACUGAACCCCGAAAUCUGGCUCUGACGGGCUCCACCGGGACCUCGAAAUCAAACACCGACCUGCUCGAACGAAUUAUUAACCGGACCACGCUAUCCACGCAGCGGGCGACGCACCGACACAUACUGGUGAUUGGGAAUAGCUUCCAGAAAACUAAGAAAAAGAAGAAGAUCGUGCCGGUGUCGGGGGGCGAGCAGGAGCGAGGAGCGCUCCCCGACCAGGAGGAGGAGGGCUCAGAGGCGAGCGCCCUCUGCAGGCUGGAGGAGGAAUUGCAGGCGCUCAGGGCCGGCGCUGAGCAGGAGAGAGAGCUGGCCCUGCAACAGCAGAAACAGGUUCUGGAUGCUCGGUUCCGGGAGGUUCUGCUGAACAGAGACCGCUUGGAGGAGGAGAGGCUGCACCAGCUCUCCCAGAGGCUGAGGUCAGAGGCAGUGGAGGCAGCGCGAGUCCUGGAGGAGAGGCAGAGGGAGGGGGAGAGGAGGGCGGUGCAGGAGGCCUGCCGGACUCUGAGGCUGCAGCUUGGAGAGGAGGCAGAGGCAGAGAGGCAGAGGGAGGUGCGGAGGGUGCUAGCAGAGGCACAGGCUGAGUUUGCAUUGCGACAGAGGAAAGCCGAGGAGACAGUCAGACAGGACUGCGAGAGGGAGGGGGUGCUGGAGAGAGAGAGGCAGGAGGAGAGACACAGAGAGGAGAUCAGACUGCUGGGGAGGGAAAUAUCGGGGCUCAGACAGCAGCUGUGCAGAGUGACGCAGGAGAAGAUGAAGUACGAGAAGGAGUUUAAGGAGGUGCAGGUGAAUUACAGGCGCUUCGUUGAUCUCACGGACUCCAGCCUGCACUCUGAUUACCUGCUGGAGCUGCGAGCCCUGGGGAAGCCAGCGGGACUGUCGGAGCGCGGGGUCCAGACCGACGAGGUCACCGCCCCCCGGACACAGCCUGGAACCGCUCCAUAGGGAACGCAUUGCAAACCAGCCAUGCUUCCCUGUGCCUUACCAGACCUCUCUGUGCUUUACAAUACUUCCCUAUGCCUUACCAGACCUCUCUGUGCUUUACAAUGCUUCCCUAUGCUUUACCAGACCUCUCUGUGCUUUACAAUGCUUCCCUAUGCUUUACCAGACCUCUCUGUGCUUUACAAUGCUUCCAUAUGCUUUACCAGACCUCUCUGUGCUUUACAAUGCUUCCCUAUGCUUUACCAGACCUCUCUGUGCUUUACAAUGCUUCCCUAUGCUUUACCAGACCUCUCUGUGCUUUACAAUGCUAUCCUAUGCUUUACAGACCUCUCUGUGCUUUACAAUGCUUCCCUAUGCUUUACCAGACCUCUCUGUGCUUUACAAUGCUUCCAUAUGCUUUACCAGACCUCUCUGUGCUUUACAAUGCUUCCCUAUGCUUUACCAGACCUCUCUGUGCUUUACAAUGCUAUCCUAUGCUUUACAGACCUCUCUGUGCUUUACAAUGCUUCCCUAUGCUUUACCACACCUCUCUGUGCUUUACAAUGCUAUCCUAUGCUUUACAGACCUCUCUGUGCUUUACAAUGCUUCCCUAUGCUUUACCACACCUCUCUGUGCUUUACAAUGCUUCCCUAUGCUUUACCACACCUCUCUGUGCUUUACAAUGCUUCCCUAUGCUUUACCAGACCUCUCUGUGCUUUACAAUGCUUCCCUAUGCUUUACCACACCUCUCUGUGCUUUACAAUGCUUCCCUAUGCUUUACCAUGCAUUAUAAUGUCAUGAUUGGACGCCCACCAGUUUCAGAAUGUUUCUGCUAGUCUUUAUCUAACUUGAUGUUACAUAAUGAGAACCAAACAUCCUGAAUACUGCUGUAUUGUUCUUGAGUGAAUCAGAGAGUGUAAGCACUGGGCCCCAAUGAUGUAAACUUUCUUUAGUUUAAUGUCUGCGGUGUUGAACGUGAAUCAGAUUAUUUUUCAGUUCCUCCCUUUUACAUUUCAGUACAAGCUGAGCACUUGACCUCCUGUCCUUGCACUUAUGAAACGAAAUUGAGAGACAUCAUAAUAAUAAUAAUAAUAAAACAACAGCAUGCCCCAGCUAUGGUAGGAUAUUAUAUAAGCCCAUUUUGAACAUCUCUCAGUAGUAUUCAUUAUUCAGCUUCACUGUGUUAAUAUUUCCCUUGCUUUAGAGAAAGGUUUUCUGUGUAUCUGAGUCACGCAUGGCGGAACAAUGCAGUCGUGUUUAAUGGCAACAUUACAGGCCAUGCAUUUAGUUUGACCAGGGCAGGCUUGAGGCACGGAGACUGAACUGCUCCCUCCCUCCCUCCCUGAGAGAAAGGGGGCUCCCUCCAGUCCAGGGCAGGCUUGAGGCACGGAGACUGAACUGCUCCCUCUCUCCCUCCCUCACCCC